UACCUGGGGGAGUGCAGGUUGCUUGGCUCAGCUGUGCUGCAUUGACCCAGCAUUCAGCCUCUGCAGCAUGGACGAAGCAGAGCUCUGACUUCCCGGGGAUCGUGCUCCUUCCCAUAUGCUUAUUGGUAAAAGUUUCCAAAAGUUAACGUCCACAUCAAAGAUGGAAGAUCGCCCUCGUACCAUCAGCACAACGAGCAGCACCUACACUGUGUCCUUCAGCUCGACGGCCAGAGGCUAUGACAGGGCUUUCCUUAAGACCCUGCCGGGACUCCUAAUGGCAUCAGAAAUUGUACUUGGACUGUUGGUGUGGGUAUUGAUAGCGAGUACAGAAUAUUUCUCGGUCUCUGCUUUUGGCUGGGUGAUGUUUGUCGCAGUCUUUUACUGGGUGCUCACAGUCUUCUUUUUGAUCUUCUACAUCACCAUGGCUUACACAAAGAUUCCUCAGGUACCAUGGACCACAGUGGGUUUGAGUUUUAAUGCCAGUGCUGCUUUGAUGUACCUCUUAGCCUCAAUUGUGGAUGCAAUUUCAAUAAAACAAGCUGACGAAGGUACACACAACUACAACAGUUGGGUGGCUUCCACAAUUUUUGCUUUCAUAGUCACGCUCUGUUACUGUGGCAAUGCAUAUUUCAGCUUUCAGACUUGGAAAUCAAGAGACCAAGGACCAUAAUGGGCUAGUUUCUAGAAGCACCUACUGGUAACUGGAAAAAACUUGGUGUGAACAAAGGAAUUGUGAAUAUCCCAAUAAUUAAUAUAUAUUGUGUUGUACUAUUGUGACACCAACUUGGCUCAGUGUUCAUUACAACUGUAGCGUUGUUUAAAAUUUCCUGUUUAAAACAACAUUAUUAGACGGUUUGUGCCAGACUGUGAAUAUAGAUAUUUGAGUUUUAUUUCUCUUCAUUUUCCACUCCUGCUGUGGCAUUGACUCUUCUCCCUGGGAUACAGUUCUACAGACGUGGUCUACCACUGAUGUUUCUUCUAACUGAUCCAUUGACAAUGAGGAACAUUCUAGGUGUGCAUAACUUUUAUAUCCACGCACAACAGGCUGUCUCCAAUAGCAGUCUCCAAAUGACAGUCUGGGGAGAAUCUUGGCUGAUCUUUCCUUACCAAGAGAUGCCCAACAAUAAUUGUAAUGCCCACUACUGCUGUACUAGUGAGAUCAGAAAUCCCAAUAGGGACAAAACUGGGACCCUCAUUAGAGAAACUGAAUUUAUCACUAAAUUAUGGGAUUGUUCAUGUCUUUUUUAAAAAUGUUUUAAACAAUGAAGAUUUUACUUUGAAUGUUAAUGCUGUUAAAAAUGGAAUUGAUUUUGUUUUAUUCCAGUUGACUUGUUAACCUAACAACUGGGAAGUUUUGUUUGUAUAAUUUGCCUUGUGUUCAUCACCUGGAUGAAACUUUAGCUGAAUGUAAUGCUACUUUACUAAAGUGAUCUGAAAAGGUUCCAUCUGUUCAGGAAUAGCUUGAAGUUGUCAGAAAUGAUAUCUCUAUCUCAACAUUUCACUCACCCUCUUGCCCUGUAUUGAAGAUGCUAACCCUCUUGUUACAGGUUCAUGGUUUAUCAGCUGCCAUUUUUUACCUUGUCUAAUCAUCAUGUGAACUCGGACAGUGAAUGUUGGCAGGUAGCUUGAUUGUGGUAUAUGAGGGAGCCAAGCCAGAUACUGUCCUCACUAGUGAUUCUUCAGCCAACUCAGGAUUAAACCUGGGGAACCCCUGGUCUGUGGAACACUGUUUGUUUGCAUUGUCUAUUUACAAUGGAAGAAGCAAUUGCAUCAUAAAUAACUCCACUCUCUGCGACUGGUUGAUUUCACUUACUGAACACUGACCGUAUGUUUAUUCUUGAUCAAUUUCAUUCUGCAGAAUGUCUUUAACAAACAAGGUAACAAUUAACACUUAUGAAGCAGAAAAUAGGCUGUCCAUGUUUUGCUACACACUGCAGUAGGAAUUAUCAAUUGAAAUUGCUGGCAAUAAUCGUGAUACUGCAGUUGUCUAAUAGUAUGUUUAAUAUAAUGCUUUACAUAAUCUGUCAGUAAUUCUGUAUUUGUUUAUGUGCCUGUCUUUGUUCAUAUACCAAUCAGGGAAUCUUUUCCCAAUUUCUUCAUGAUUGGAAAUUUUACUCAACAUUUUCCUGGUGUUGAUGACUGAAAUGACAAGGAAUGUACAUAAUACAUUGCUUUCUUUAAUUGUGAGUAUUGCAAGUUUAACACUGAAUCCUUCCGACCAUUCAAAAUUUAAUAGCCAAUGUUGCUGCCAAGCUUGCUGUAUGUCCUGUUUUCUUC